AUGUUCGUCCACUGGGAGGUUUUCUUCUACGUUUUUAUUCUAAUGACGCACAUGAGGUUGUACUACUGCUGGUCAGUGAAUAAUUUCCUGAUGACCGGACCCAAGGCGUACCUGAUCUAUUCGAGCAGCGUGGCGGCAGGAGCUCAGAGUGGCAUCGAUGAGUGCAAAUAUCAGUUCGCGUGGGACCGCUGGAACUGCCCCGAGAGAGCUCUGCAGCUGUCCACACACAGCAGCCUGCGCAGCGCAAACCGAGAGACUGCAUUCGUCCACGCCAUCAGCUCUGCUGGGGUCAUGUACACCCUGACCAGGAACUGCAGCCUCGGAGACUUUGACAACUGUGGCUGUGACGACAGCAGGAACGGACAACGAGGUGGUCACGGCUGGCUCUGGGGUGGCUGCAGCGAUAAUGUUGGCUUCGGCGAGGCCAUCUCCAAGCAGUUUGUGGAUGCCUUGGAGACCGGGCAGGACGCUCGGGCGGCCAUGAAUCUUCACAAUAACGAAGCUGGGCGGAAGGCCGUGAAGGGGACCAUGCAGAAGACGUGCAAGUGCCACGGGGUUUCGGGAAGCUGCACCACGCAGACCUGCUGGCUGCAGCUGCCCGAGUUCAGGGAGGUGGGGAACUACCUGAAGGAGAAGUACCACAGGGCCCUGAAGGUGGAUCUCCUGCGCGGAGCGGGAAACAGCGCGGCCAGCCGUGGCGCCAUCGCCGAGACCUUCAACUCCAUCUCCCGCAAGGAGCUGGUCCACCUCGAAGACUCGCCCGACUACUGCCUGGAGAACCGCACCCUGGGCCUGGCCGGCACGGAGGGCCGCGAAUGCCUGAAGAAGGGCAAGAACCUGAACAAGUGGGAGAAGCGGAGCUGCAGGAGGCUGUGCGGAGAGUGCGGGCUGGCCGUGGAGGAGCGCAAAGCCGAGAUGGUGUCCAGCUGCAACUGCAAGUUCCACUGGUGCUGCGCGGUGAAGUGCGAGCAGUGCAGGAAGACUGUGACCAAGUACUAUUGCGUGAAGAAGGGAGGUAAGAGGGGGAGGAACGAGAGCGCCACCAUCCGCCGAAAAAGCCCGAGGCUGAGGAAGAAGCACUGAGCAUCCCCCCCCGUCUCCUCCCCCCGCAUCCUUCCCUCUCCUCAUGUCUCUGCAUCUCCAUCAAGACGCCUGGACUCUGCUGGAAAAAAACGUGUUCUGGACAAAAAACUUCACUUCCCCCC